AUGGCUGACUACGAAACCAACGCCCUGUUCCGCACAGGCAAGGAUGCCAACGCCACGGUGUACACCCGCUCCGCCCUGUCCGUCUGGUAUGACACCUACGUCCUUGGUUUCAACAUGCGCUGCAUCUGGGGUUGCCCAACCCCGUCGAUCCUGCUGCCCUUCUUCGCCGAGAACUUUUCCCGGCGCCACCUCGACAUCGGCGUCGCGACGGGGUACCUGCCCGCCGCCGCGCUGAGCAAGAUCUGGCGCAAGGACAGCAGUCACCAGAUCACGCUCAUGGACCUCAACCCAAACCCGCUGAGGGCCGCCAGGGCGAGAAUCAUGUCGAUGGCCCCGAGGGCCGAGGUCGACCUGGUCGAGGCGGACGCCACCGAGCCGCCAACCAACGAGCUCGCGUCCCGCAGGUACGACUCCAUCUCCAUGUUCAACCUGUUCCACUGCAUGCCCGGUGGGAGGGACAAGUUCAGGGCCAUCGGCGCGAUGGCGAAGCUCGUGAGCGACGGCGGCGUGCUGUAUGGGUGUACCGUCCUGGGGAUCAGGCAAACGAAAUGGUACCAGUUUCUGACGCGGUUCUACCUGAAAUGGUAUAACCACUGGUGGGGGAUCUUCCGCAACUGGGACGAUACCAAAGAGGACGUGGAUGCGGCCCUGAGCGAGCACUUUGAGAAUGUCGAGACGUGGGUGGUCGGCCAGACGCUGUUGUUCAGGGCGACUGGACCGCGCAGAGGGGAGUCAUCCGCAGUGCUGAUUGAUUUGCCGUAG